AUGGCCACCGGGGCUCGGGAUGUCACUCAGCCUCCACCGUCAGAAACAUCUCCAUUACUGGCUGAUGGAGCGGGAGCAGAGAACGGCGGCCCUUCGAGCGAGGGCGAGACAAGCGGUACGGGCCUGCCUCUGGUAGAGGAAGCCAGCUUUCGCGAGCUCUUAACUAUCUUGACCAGCACUUGGGUCGGGGUGUUCUUCGCCGCCUUAGAUGGGACGAUUGUUGCUACGAUCUCCGCCCAGAUAUCCUCCUCGUUCAACUCACUGUCGCUCAUCUCAUGGCUCGCCACGGCCUACCUUGUCUCGAGCUCUGCCUGCCAGCCCAUCAGUGGCAAGCUGACAGAUAUCUUCUCCCGUCGAACAGGCCUGGUCAUAUCUAAUAUUCUCUUCGGAGUCGGCAACUUGAUCUGUGGCCUUGCUACGGAAGAAUGGGUCAUGAUAGCUGGACGUACGAUCGCUGGCAUGGGUGGAGGAGGACUGACUGCUAUAUCUACCUUCCUUACCUCUGAUCUAGUGCCGCUACGGAAGCGAGGUAUCUGGCAAGGCAUUGGGAAUAUCUGUUUCGGGAUCGGAAGCGGGCUUGGUGGCAUAUUCGGUGGAUAUGUGAAUGAUAACUGGGGAUGGCGAUGGGCAUUCCUCAUCCAGGUACCCUUUGUCGCUGUCUCUGCUAUUCUGGUGUCAAUCUACGUCGAUGUGCCGGUGAGAGUCACGGAUACCUCUCGAUGGAAGAGGAUAGACUUCCUCGGUGCCGGGACUCUGGUCUGCGCUCUGGUUCUGUUUCUGCUUGGACUCAACUCCGGUGGUAACCAGGUACCGUGGACUCAUCCCUUGGUUCUAACCACUAUCCCGCUAUCGGUUGUGCUGCUUGUCGCUUUCAUCUAUAUCGAGGACAAGGUUGCUGCCGAACCGAUCAUCCCUAUCCGCCUACUCAUGGACCGCACUGUUUUAUCUUGUUGUUUGACUAACUGGUUUGUUACCAUGGCUGUCUUUGCUCUCUUUAUUUACAUACCCGUCUUCCUACAGGUACAAGGCUACACAACCACCUUGGCAGGGACUCGGUUAGUCGCUCAAGCGCUGGGCACCUCCGUCGGCUCCUUGGGAUCUGGAUAUCUGAUGCGUAUGACCGGACGUUAUCUAUAUUUCAACUAUGGCUCCGUCAUCCUCAUUGUCAUCGGCAUGGCACUGAUAUGCACCGUCAACCUGGCAACCCCGGCCUUUCCACCGUUUCUCUACUUGUUUAUCUCCGGCCUAGGGUACGGUGGCAUGCUUACCUCUACUCUUGUCGCCAUCAUCGCAGCGGUGGAUCACGAGCACCAGGCAGUGGUUACGUCUGCCUCGUAUGCGUUCCGCAGCACAGGCAGCUCCAUCGGUAUAUCAGUUGCCUCAGCCGUCUUCCAGAACCUUCUCCGGUCUGGCCUUUGGUCCCGUCUCGGACACUUGGGCGAUGCAGAAAAUAUCAUCCGGAAAAUCACCGAACGGUUCGAGGAGAUCCGUCAUCUUCCUCCGGGAAUAGCGACGAUUGUUCGAGACUGCUACAUGGGCUCCCUACGGGCUGCAUUCGUGACCGCUCUGGGCCUUGCUGCCAUGGGUGCGUUGGCGAGCUUAGCGAUGAGGGAGCAUAAGCUACAUAUGAACCUGGCCAGGAAGGACUGA